GGGACAGAGAGAAAUAUCGAAGAAACAGAGAGUGUAAUUAAGGGACUGAAAAAAAAAAUUAAAACCCAUUGUUAAAAGAGAAAUAUUGAAGUUUCAAGGGGGAGCGAGAGAGAGAGAGAUGGAGGAGACAACGGAGAAGGUGAAGGCGGAAGCAUUGCAGAUAUUGGGAAGGUUUGAAGUUAUGCCAAAGCUUGUUGUUUUCGAUCUUGAUUACACUCUCUGGCCUUUCUACUGCGAGUGUCGAUCGAAGCGCGAAAUGCCUUCUCUGUAUCCCCAUGCUAAAGGCAUAUUGUUAGCGCUCAAAGACAAAGGGAUUGAUGUUGCCAUUGCUUCUCGAUCACCAACUCCUGAUAUCGCAACUUCAUUUCUCAACAAAUUGAACAUCAACUCAAUGUUCGUAGCCCAAGAAAUAUUUUCUAGCUGGACACACAAAACUGAUCAUUUUCAGAGAAUUCAUUCAAGGACUUCGGUUCCCUUCAACUCUAUGCUCUUUUUUGAUGAUGAGAAUAGGAAUAUCCAAGCGGUCUCUAAAAUGGGAGUAACAUGCGUUUUGGUUGAGCAUGGGGUAAAUCUAGGAGCAUUAACACAAGGCCUUACACAGUUUUCUCAAAACUGGAAUGCAUCACAGAAGAACAAGCAGAAAUGGAUCAAUAAGUACUCUCACAAGGCAGAUACUUCCAACCCUGCUGCAUCAUGAAAUUGAUAGUCUCAAAAUACUCAAUGAAUACAUGAAGGCAUAGCCUCCAUCUUGUUCCAUGUUUUCUGAGUCUUGGAGUGUAUAAUAUGCUGUUAUAUUUAGCAUUAAUGUUACAUAUAUCUUAGGGAUAUAUCAAUCCACUUUACCUGAAAAUUUGGAUGGUAAAGUUUGUUGAAAAGAUAGCUGAUAUUCCUUAA